AUGUUAAUAAGAAAUGACCAAGAAAUCGAAGAAAUCUUGCAUUCUUUUAAUGAAAUAAAUGAAAGGAUUUCUCAACAAGAAAAUGCGAUUAUAAUUAUUGGUAAAACAGGAGAGGGAAAAAGUACAUUAUUGGGCUAUUUAACCGGAAUUCCUCUGUUCAGUAAAGAAGAUGAAUUUGGUGAUUAUAUUAUUAAGUCUGAUAAUUCAAACGGUAUAAUUAUCAGUGAUAGCGCUGUUUCACAGACCUCUUUACCAAUUUGCCGAGAAGUAUACUGGGAUUGCCCCGGUUUUGAAGAUACAGGGGGUCCUGUACAGAAUAUCGUGAAUGCUUACUCAAUUUAUAAGUUAGUCAAAAGUGUAAAGAAAUUGAAAAUUUUACUCGUUAUUUCUGAAUCUACGAUUAAAGAUACAAGAAAAAUAGAGUUCUUAAAUAUUAUUAAUUACUUGGGUGAAACCUUUAAAAACAUUGAUGAAUUAGUUCAAGGAUUAUGUUUAGUGAUUACGAAAAGUGAUAAACUCGAUACUAGAAAAGUAAGCAAUUGUUUCCAUAGAAUUCUCGAAGAAUAUGAUAAUCAAGAAAGUUUUAGUCAAUCAAAGAGAAAGAUACUCAAUUUUUUAUCCUCUUCUGAAAGUCAAAUAGUUUUUUUUAACGCUCCUCAUCAAAAAGAUCAAAAAAUUUCUGAUACGGACAAAAUUUUAAUCUUAGAGAGUAUAGAAAAGAUUUCUUAUUUGGAGAAUCUAGAGCCUAGUAUUUUAUUGGAUGAUAAAUCAAAACUUUAUAUUAACGACCUAGUUGAACGAUUCUAUGGUGACAUAAACAAUUAUAUUGAGCAAAAGUUUUAUCCAGCGAUUCAAAACUACUUUAGAACGUUAAUAGACACCCAUCUAGGCACCGUUAAAGAAUUAAGAAAUUCUUUAAUUGACUUUUCUGACAAAUUUAAAAAUAUACACAAUAAUCCAGAAAAGUUUGAAGAAAAUCUUCAACAAAUUUUUUUUAUCGUUGAACUUAUGAAAAGAAAUGAUCUUAACGAAGAACUUUCUAAAAAAAUUUCUCUAUUAAAUUUCUUUAAACUCGUUAAACCAGAAUCACUUGAAAUUAAAGGAAAUACUAGUAGUUGGUAUAAUCAUAUAUCCGAGUUAAUUAAGGAGAUAGAUAUGCUUACAUCUUUUCCUAAAGUGCAUAAUCAAGGACAUUUAUUAACACUCGAAGGUAUUAUUAUUGGUACUGAAGAUAUUAAUAAUGCUAUGAAUGAUCAAAAACUAUCAGAAAUAAAUGUAUUUAGCUUGAAUAGCUUAUUUAUUGAUGAGGAUAUAAUUGCACCAGGAAUUAAUUUGACAAUUAUAUCUCCUCAAUGGCGUGUUGUAGGCAAAAGAAUAAUUAAUUUAAAAGGUAAUCCCGGCCCUCCACACCCAUCAAGUAAAGCAAAGGAUGGAAUACCUUUUAUUCAAGAAAAAUCUAGAGAUAAAAUUAAUGAUGAAAUACCCAACGAAAAAAGCAAUUAUCUAAUACCUUUUACCAAUGAAAAAAGCAAUUUUCUAAUACCUUUUAUCAAUGAUGAACAAAUUAACGAUGAAAAAAUUAAUAAUCAAACAGAUGACGAAAUAUUAACUGUUGAUGACCAAAAAAUUAAUGGUGAAGACGGCCUACCUGGACUGCCUGGUUAUAACGGAGGAAAUUUUUAUGGCAGAGGGAAUACCUUUUUUGAUAUUUCUUCUCUAACUAUCGAUGUUAGUGGCGGUGAUGGUGGUCAAGGUCAAGAUGGUGGUAACGGUGCUGAUGGAUUUGAUGGAUCUGAUUGUGGAGAGGAGUUUGUAAAAAAUAAAGAUGAUUCGGCUCUUAUAUCAAGGGAAAAGGUAAAGCUAAAUUUAUUUUCAGAUAAAGAAGAAGCUCUCGAUAAAGUAAUAAGAUGUACCGAAAAAGUUGUUAAACUUGUGUUAACUGUUAAUGAUAAACAUGAGGAAAUAUAUGAAUAUUUUGAUCCAGGACAAAAAGGAGGUGAUGGUGGACGAGGAGGAAUAGGUGGUAUCGGUGGAAAACAUGGAUUUGUGGUACUUAAUAGUUCAUCUAAGUUAUUAGAGAAUCCUAAUAUACUUGAAGAAAGUAGACGAGGUUUAAACGGAAAAGGAGGAAGUCCGGGUCUUGGUGGAAAAAAUGGUCGAAAAUAUCGUGGAGUAUACAUUAAUGAAAGAGUAUUUCCUGCGGUAAGAGGCAUUAGGGAAUUUGAUUCUAAGUGUGCUAUAUCAGGUGGAGUAUUAGAGACAACGCGAGCAGUGACGACAGCAGCAUCAUCAGCAACAAUUACAGGUGCUGCAGUAGGUGCUGCAGAAGCUUCGAAAAAGACUUUAAUUGAGAAAAUUUUAAUUGAAAUCGGGUUAAAAAGUAAUCAAGUAGCUUUUAGUGUUCCUGGAGCCUUGGGAAGCUUUGGUAUAACCUUGGCUGCUCAGGGUGCUUUUUCUGCAAUAAGUGCACAUUUAUCAAGUCAUUGGAAAGAAGCGCCACAUGAAGUAGAUAAUGAUGAACUUGACGAACGUGCUUCUGAAGGAAAUUUACCUGUUGGGUUAAACGAGAAUAAUAUUAAAACACCUUCUGAUCAAUUCUCAUUUAAAACAAUAAGAGAAAAUGAAAAAUCAUAUAAGCAAUUUUAUGGUCAAAACAGAGAUUUUAUAUCUAUUAAAGAAUUGUUAGAUUUGUAA